AUGGCUACUGGCAUAAGCAGCGCCGAGAGGCUGCCUGACGGAGACUAUUCUGUUUCACAUCGUCCGGCGCCGCUACCACCGCAGUUUGCUACCUCCCCAACACUCGCGACAUCAUCCCCGCCGGCGCACUCGACACACCAGCUGCGCGUAGUGAACGAGACGUCCAACGAGACCACGAGCGUGAAGUCAGGCUCCGAGCGGCAUCCCCGUCGACAGAACAGCUUCGGGUCGUUCCUGCGCCGCAGUUCCAGCCAGCGCAGCGCUUCCCGAGACCCCUCCACCGACCCAGGCCGCAACAGCGAGGACGUCCCCCCCGUGCCCGACCUCCCCAAAACGCGCAUCGGCCGGACGCACGCCGCUGCCCACACCGACCGCGCGAGCUCCUUUUCUGCUAGCCGGAAGGUGUCGGUGGAAGGCGGGCGCACGAUGUUGCGGAAGAGCAGCAAGAUGCGCGCGCAGCAGGAGCAGGAGCGGCUGGAGCAGGAGAGGGUCGCGAGGCAGAAUGCUCCUGCGCCGAGACUGCCUUCGCAGUUACCGCUGCCGAAUAUUUCGACUUUUGGGGGUGAGAACUCUCAGACUUCCUCCUCGACAGACCAACCUGGCUCGACGAACUUCUCACGCCCUGGAACCACACCGCACGGAAAUACCAACGGCAACGGCAGAAACAUGUCCCCGUACAACGCGAGCAACAGCUCCUCCUCGCCCGCGUACGCUGUGAGGAGCGGGACGUCACCGCCGGCUGGGAAGGGCAAUGGAGAGUACGUGGAGCGACAUGAGAGCAUGACGAAUCGCGGCCGGUACUCGUAUGCUUCUUCCACUGUUGGUGUUAACGUGAGCAGUCCUCGCAGGGUCAGGAGACGGAAGGAUCCCACGCCGUUUAACGUCCUCGUCAUCGGAGCCAAGAACAGCGGCAAGACGUCCUUUAUUUCGUUCCUGCGUCACUCGCUUGCUCUGCCUUCGGGCAAGGGACAGUCCUCGGGGCCACAGUCGACGACGGUGAAUGCGUCCAAGUCGUCCUUCACGUCCCACUACCUCGAGACAGAGAUGGAUGGGGAGCGGGUGGGCUUGACGCUGUGGGACUCUGCUGGGCUGGAGAAGAAUAUUGUGGACCUGCAGCUACGAGAGAUGGCUGCGUUCGUGGAGUCCAAGUUCGAAGAGACGUUUGUUGAGGAGCAGAAGGUCAUGCGUAGUCCUGGCGUGAAGGACACACACAUUCAUUGCGUCUUCCUCGUCCUGGACCCGGUCAGGUUAGAUGCCACAGUCGCUGCUUCCCAGCAAGGAACGACAAGUCCGGCGAACGUCAGUGGACUGGAUGAUGAUCUGGACCUACAAGUCAUGCGCUCGCUCUGGGGCAAAACCACCGUCAUCCCGGUCAUCGCGAAAGCCGACACUCUCACCAUCGGCCACAUGUCCUUCCUCAAGCGCGCCGUCUGGCACUCCAUCCGCACUGCCAAAGUCGAUCCCCUCGAAGCCCUCGAACUCGAAGACGACAUCGAAGAAGAAGAAGAAGAAGACUCCGACGCCGACUCCUCCUCCGCCGCCUCACACUCCGACGAAGCCACCAACUCCGACUCCUCCUCGCCCCCGCCCAAACCCAAACGCUCCUCCCUCCACGCCCGCCACGCCUCCCUCAGCGCCCCCGGCAACACGGCAGAAGGCGACGAAACCCCCUACAUCCCCAUGUCCAUACUCUCCCCCGAUCCCUACUCCCUACCCCCCUACACCACCUUCACCACCAACGGCGGCAGCGGCAGCGGGAGUAAACCCGGCCGCGCAUACCCCUGGGGCUUCGCCUCCCCCUUCGACCCCUCCCACUGCGACUUCACCCGCCUCCGGGACAGCAUCUUCACCGAGUGGCGCGCCGAACUCCGCGAGCUGAGCCGGACGCGGUGGUAUGAGAACUGGCGCACCUCUCGCCUGAGGAAUCUUCCCGGGACGGGGAAGCAGAGGGUGAAGGGGGGGAUAACGCCGGUGGGGGUGGUGCCGAGGGAGGGGAGGGUGGUGAGUCCGACGGGGAGUGUGCCGAGGAGUGUUAGUGGGGGUGCUGUGAGUACUGGUGUGGGUAUGGGGAAAGGUGGGGGUUUGAGUAAGGCGGAGAGGAUGAUGGGGAUUGGGGAGGGGAAUAGUAAUUUCGCGCGGGGGGUGUCGGCGGAGACUUGA